UAUUUAAUAUUUUUAUUAAUGUCUGAAUACAGCCUUUACAGAUUUUUUCUUAUCUCCUUCUUCUGUGACUGUCAUCUUUUAUUCUUCCUUUUCUUUUGCCUUAAUUACUUUUUUCCGGCUUCCUCCAAAUAGGUCGAAGUCGUUCUACCUAGACGUGGUGGUGGACUUUGUAGUCGCCUCUGCUCUAACAAAGAUCCUGUUGAUUGUGUAGUACCGAUCUAUAUCUAUAGAUAGCAGUGAGAGAAGUCUCUAAUAUGGGACGCCGCGCCGCUGUGUAUCUUGGCUGCAUAGUAGUUGCAUUGGUGCGGAGUGUUAUUUUCAAAUGAAUGCAUGUUGAAUAAAACUCUCUCAACAAACACAAAAUCAAUCAAAAAAGUUCGUAAUUUCAUCUCGUUUUUGGAAUAAAAUUAUUUUAUUCAAUUUAAACGAAAACUAUCUGAAUUGGCGAUAAUCUAAUUAAGAUUGUAUGUCAUACAAAGUCAUACAUUGUCAAAGUAUUCUAUGACUUUUUGAGAAUCUUAAUGAUUUUUGUGGAAUAAUUAUAAUAAAAUAACAUUUAUGUAGGUAUUCCAUACUCUUACUAUCUGAACACCGAUAGUGUUAUCUUUUUGUCAUUUGAACUAUUGACCUAUUUACAUCUAAAGAAUAAAAAUGAGCUCAGAAGAUUCUGCACUGGCGUCCGAAGACAAAGUUUCGCCCAAAAUGAGUUCAGCAAAAAAUUCGAAUAACAAUAAAGUAACAAAAACAAUAAUAACAUCUCCGGAAAUAUAUCAACCAGUAGGUCCGUACAGUCAAGCAAUUUUAGCGGACAAGACCUUAUACAUUUCUGGAAUUCUCGGAUUGGAUCGAGAUGCACAGAUGGUCUGCGGUGGUGCUGAAGCGCAGACCCGUCAGGCUCUGGACAAUCUGCGACAUGUACUUGAAGCUGGUGGCGCUUCGUUGGAGUCGGUCGUGAAAACUACUGUUUUGUUGGCUAGCAUGGACGACUUCCAAACUUUCAACAAAGUCUAUGCAGAAUAUUUUCCUAAAGCUUGCCCUGCUCGAAUGACAUACGAAGUCAGUCGACUACCGUUGGGAGCAGCUGUGGAGAUCGAGGCCAUCGCUCUUUGCGGAGACUUGGUCAUAGCAGAGGCCGGCCCAUGCCCUUGUGCACGCUAAUAAUGUUACCUCUUUUGCCCGAAUUAAAUUUCAUAAAUUAUUUAAAAAAAUAAAAUCAUUUAGUAAAGGUAACUACUUAUUUCCAUAAUUUUACCAUAAAUUCAAUAUCAUCAAAUUAUAUUUAAUGCAAAACUGACUGACUUAGGUACAUAUGUUUCCAAAUACGACAAAAACAUUUUUAAUUAAAAUAAUCCUAAUAA